CAAUACAAUCCUUAUGUGUUUUGUCCCCCGCUGCUUUAAUCUGCUCUACCAUGGCUCCUCUUCUUUUCUUCCCUUUGAUGAUGUUCUCCAUUUCCAUCUUUUCAAUCUCCGCUCUACCUCACUCUCUCAAUAAUCAGCACAAACAACAGCAAUUGCUCUUGCGAUUCAAAGAUGAAAUUUCCCAUAAUAGCACCAAUUUUCUGCCCGACUGGACACACCAUAUACCCCUCUGCAAUUGGUCUGGUCUUACCUGCGAUCCCUCCUCUCACUCUAUCCUCACCCUAAAUUUGUCCUAUAUGAAUUUAGACGGCACCAUCUCUCCUGUCCUAGGGAACCUCUCCUCCCUUCGAUCCAUCGAUCUCUCCUUCAAUGCCCUCACUGGCCACAUUCCACCUCAACUCAGCCAACUAUCCUCUCUCCGAUGCCUAGAUCUCUCCAACAAUGCCCUCACUGGUCACAUUCCACCUCAGCUCGGCCAACUUUCCCGUAUGCAGAAACUCCAUCUGUACCAAAAUCAAUUAAAAGGAACAAUUCCACCAUCUCUCUCUGAUUGCCGCAGUUUGUAUUUACUGUCACUCACUUAUAACCAACUGCAAGGCAGCAUUCCGCCUGAGCUGGGUCGCCUCACAAGUCUGAAGUAUCUUUACUUAGGAGCAAACAAUCUCACAGCUACCAUUCCCCAUUCAUUAGGAAAUCUGUCCGCCUUAGUUUAUUUGGAAUUGGCAGAAAAUGAUCUGACAGGUAACAUUCCCCCUGAAUUGAGCAUGCUCAAUCACCUGCAAUUUCUUUCCCUUUUCACAAAUAAUCUCAUAGGUACCAUUCCCCCUGAAUUGGGGAAGCUCACUCGCCUGCAGGUUCUUUACCUUUAUACAAAUAAUUUAUCAGGCACCAUUCCCAGUUCUUUCGGAAAUCUCUCAAAAUUGACUGACUUAGUUGUUUCAGAAAAUGUUCUCAGUGGUGAAAUUCCACCUCAACUCAGCCAACUAUCCUCUCUUCAAUACCUCGAUCUCUCCAACAACGCCCUGACUGGUCACAUUCCACCUCAAAUCAGCCAACUUCUCCGUAUGCAGAAACUGUGGCUGCAGAACAAUCGAUUACAAGGAACAAUUCCCCCUUCUCUCUACUCUUGCCGCAUUUUGGAUGGACUGGGUCUCUCUUAUAACCAACUGCAUGGCAGCAUUCCGCCACAGCUGGGUGAUCUCACAAGUUUGAUGUAUCUAUCCUUAGGAGGAAACAAUCUCACGGGUAGAAUUCCCCGUUCCUUAGGAAAUCUGUCCGCCUUGGUUGAAUUGACAUUGGAGAAAAAUGAUCUGACAGGUGCCAUUCCUCCUGAAUUGGGUAUGCUCACUCAACUGCAGGUUCUUUCCCUGUGGGGAAAUAACUUAUCGUGCAACAUUCCCAGAUCUUUAGGAAAUCUCUCAAAAUUGAGCGAUUUGGAGUUGUCAGGAAACCUUCUGACAGGUUCCAUUCCCACUGAACUUGGCAUGCUCACUCACCUGCAAACUCUUUACCUCUUUAACAAUAGUUUAUCAGGCAUCAUUCCCAGCUCUUUGGGAAAUCUCUCAAAAGUGACUGAAUUAUUUCUGUUCGGAAACUAUCUCCAAGGUCCCAUUCCUCACGAAUUGGGCAUGCUCGCUGAUCUUAAAUAUCUUCACCUUUUUACAAAUAACUUAUCAGGCACCAUUCCCAGCUCUUCGGGAAAUCUUUCAAAAUUGGUUAAUUUAGAAUUGUCAGAAAACCAGCUCAGUGGAAAAAUACCAGAUUCUCUUAGCAGCCUCCAGCAGCUAGAAAAUCUUUAUCUUGAGCAGAACAAGUUAACAGGGGAGAUACCUGUCAGUUUAGAGGGAUGUCAGAGGUUGGAGGUCCUUCAGUUGUCACAAAACCAGCUAAGUGGAAAAAUACCAGAAAUCUUUGGCAGCCUCCAGCAUCUGAGAUAUAUUUAUCUAGCGCACAACAAAUUAACAGGGGAAAUCCCUGUGAGUUUAGAGGGAUGUCAGAAGUUGACGAAGCUCUACCUGUCUUACAAUUACCUGUGGGGAAGGAUAGCUCGUUAGAUUCGCCGAGUACAACAAUGUUGCUUAUACUACUCUAGAGUAUGGAUUGGGCUGGAGUGUUACUAUAAAAGAAAAUGUUUGUAUUGAAUCAAUUAUGAAGUGUUUAAUCCUUCUUAUGUUUACUAGUUAUGUCGAGAGUCUAGAGUUUUAUCCAGCUACUUGAUGCAGAGAAUCACUAUCAUGUAACAGGCCAUGUUGGCAUUGAA